ACGUCGCUUGUCACACGGCCUUAUAUUUCUUUUUGAAAAAAAAAAUACAAAUUCCAUCUUUUUUAAUAAACAAAAUAACGUUUAUAUUGUAAAUUAACUCUUUUACCGAUUAUUAUCAGUGAAUGAAAAAUAAAGUAACAAUAUAUAAAUGAAAUGUGUGUGGAAAAAGAUUUAAAAAAUUUUCUAUGGCUGCUCUUAAUUUAAAAAGAUUUUCCCCUUUUUGUUAAUAAUUAAAUAAUAUUUACGUGAAUCAAUUAAAAUUUAUUUAUACACGUGUUAAUUCUCCAUCAUAUUAUUCAUUGUAUAAAAAAAAAUGAAGAAAUUUCUGCCUUGUGGACUUUGUGCGGCCGCUCCUCUUUUAAAAAAAAUGUCAAAUGAAGAUGAUUCAAAAUUAUCUAGCAGUGAAAAAGUGUUAAUUCGUCCCUCUGAACUUCCAAUUUAUUCUAUUGAAACAUGUACUAUAAAGAAAUCAUGUGAGAAAAAAGAAUGUGAACCAUCAUAUUUAGAACAAGGUUUUGGAUCAAUUCGUAAAAGUUUAAAGGGAGUUAUUUCACAAUAUGAGACAAUAAGUGAUUCGGUGAAUAAUACAAUUAACACAGGCAAAGAACACAGUGAACUCUUUAUUGAUUAUUUACGAGACGACGAAACUCCUUGGCCUCGAGUUGGUGCCAUUACAAUUGGAGGAUUGGUUGGUUUUCUCUUAGGAAUUCGUGGUGGAAAAUUCAAGAAAAUAGUUUACACAACCACUGGAGCACUUUCGGUUGGCGCUUUUUGUUAUCCACAAAAAGCACACGAUGGUUUGGAACUAGGAAAACAUUACACGAAUAUUGGAUAUAAUUUCGUUUACGGAGUGAAACCAGGUGAUGAAAAUCAAUUAGAAAUUCAAUGGCCAGAAGUGCCAACUUCCUUUUCGGAGCUUGGAGAUUUAGUGAUUGAAUUUGGUUCGAAUACUGCUGAAACUGUUGGAAAUUUGGUUUACAAAGCUGUGGAUAUUGUACAACAAAAAGAGUCGAAGCCUGAAGAAUCCACGAAAUCUAAAACAAGUUGAAUUUUCCAAAAAUAAACGCCAGUAGUAAAUCCGCUGAAGAAUUAUAAAUAUUCAAUUUUAAUUUGAAUAUUUUUCGAAAACAAAUGGAAAUAAAUUCAUUUUGCUAGAGGCUCAAGAUCCGAAUCAAUUGUAAAAAAAAAAAAAAAAAACAAUAAAUCGUAUUAAAUUUAAA